AUGAGCCCAAGACCAUCUUUAUCUAAGGACCGCAGCCCGGAACCUCCGCGGUCGGCGGGAGUUGCGCCGACCUUCCCCCUGAAGCCCAGGAGCCCCGCGCGGGGGGGGAAGGAGCCCAAGAAACGCAACGAGCGCGCGGGGAAGGGCUUCAAGGGCGGCCCGCAGAACGCGCUGUUCAUGUUCCGCGGGGUUCGGCAGCGCAGCUGGGGGAAGUGGGUGGCGGAGAUCCGCGAGCCGCGCAGCAAGCGCCGCCUGUGGCUGGGGUCGUUUCCGCGCGCGGCGGACGCCGCAAUGGCGUAUGACGUGGCAGCAAGGCGACUGUACGGCUCUGGCGCGAAGCUCAACUUUCAUCAGGCCGCAGCAAAUGAUGCAACUGUCGACGACUCGAAACUCGUUCCUAUGGCCGCCGCACGUGGCAUCACCAACAGUACCAUCAUCUACACCACCAUACAGUUCACCAUCUAUACCUUCAUCUACAACACCAUGCAUAACAACAUCUAUACCAUCAUCCAUACCAUCAUGCUCACCAUCAUCCAUACCAUCAUCCAUACCAUCAUCCAUACCAUCAUCCAUACCAUUAACCGUGUCACACAUCCACAGAACCAGCGCCAAAGGCUCAUGCAGACGCUACAGCACCCUCAGGUGUUAACCCAGGUGCCACAGUCACCACAGGCGCUACAGCACCCGCAGCUGCUGUCUCAUGCGCUGCAACAGCCGCAGGUGCUCUCCCAUGCUCUGCAGCAACAACUGCAGGCGCUACAGCAGCACUCACCCUCGCUACAGCACCCUCAGUCGCUACAGCAGCACUCACCCGCGCUACAGCAACCUCAGUCGCUACAGCAAUCACAGGCGCUUCAACACCCUCAGGUGUUUUUACAAGCACUGCAACAGCCACAGGUGCUCGCCCAUACGCUACAGCAGCAGCCAGAGUUUCUAUCACCACCGCUACAACCGCCACAGUCGUCAAUGCGUGUGCUACAGCCGUCCACUGAAAUGGCUGGACUCACGGGAAGCGGAGGUGGGGCACUCCAUGAUCCGCCCCACUCUAUGCUGCUGGCACAGCCGCUACAGCUGCCGGCACAGCCGCUACAGCUGCCGGCACAGCCGCUACAGCUGUCGGCACAGCCGCUACAGCUGCCACAGCUGCUGCCACGGCCACUUGCACAGGUGAUACUACAGCCGCCUCAGUCACAGGCACAUGCGCUACAGACGUCACAGCUACAGCCGCCACAGGCAAUACAACUGCCACAGCUGCCGCCACAGGCGCCAUCACUCCCCAUGGGGUUACCGAUAUCACCCGGUCUUCAGGACAUGCUGAUUGGCCAGGAGAUUGCACGGCUGUUGGGGAACCCACAAGUGGAAAGCAUGACGGGGCGUCAAAGAACGGCUGGUAUGCUGCUGGGUGGUUCCCAUACGGGCCAAAUUCAAGGGCAGUCAGGCUUGCUGUUGCCUGGUGACCCGGGUGUGGUCAGGCCAAUCAGGCUUGGAGAUUCGAGGCAGCAGGAGGAGGAUGCGCAUCAGGGAGGGAUGGGGAUGCAGGAAGGUUUGGGCCGGCAGGAGAGUGUUUUGGAGCAUGAAAGGCUGCUGCUGAGGGAACAUGAGAUGCUGCUGAGGGAGCAUGAGAGGAAGGUGAUGCAAGAGGUGCUGCUGCUUCAGGAAACUGCCAGUCACGAGACAGUUUUUCCCGCAGCUCAAAACGUGCACGGAGCAGCAAGCCUACAGGAGAUUUUGAGGGAGCAUGAGUUGAAGGUGGUUCAAGAGGUGAUGCUGCUGCAGGAAACCCGGGUGCUGUCACAGCAGGCCUCUGCCUCGUUGUUUGAGGCGCCUCAUAGGCAGGCCUCUGCCUUGUCCCCAGCCCUUCCCCAGGGUAAUCCAGACAAGCCGUACAGGCUCAGGUUCGGCACUCCCGAACCUGCCAGUGGGGUGCGUAACGAGGUGGUGGACGUGACAUCAUCAGUGGCAGAAGCAGAAGCAGUUUCAGGGGAGUAUGGGGAUCGAAUGCUGUUGUACAUGGAAGGGUGGAGAGAUACAGGCACUGGUGGUGUUCCAUGGGAGAGUGGAGGCGGCUCUGAGUGGUGCUAA